UCACAUGGCUCCAAAACUAAGUGAGAUCUUUCCGGAAUCAUGCCUUCUAAUCGUAGUUGGUGUAGUGAUAGGAGUAAUUUUAGUUCACGUGACCGGUAGCGUUCACAUGUCGCCUUUGACGCCCGAUACGUUCUUCAUUUACAUGCUGCCGCCGAUUAUUUUGGACGCCGGUUACUUUAUGCCCAAUCGAUUGUUUUUCGAUCAUCUCGGUACUAUUCUGCUGUUUGCUGUUAUUGGUACUAUUUUUAAUACGUUCGCAAUAGGCGCUUCCUUGUGGGCCGUCGGCCAAACGGGCAUGUUUCAGUGCGGCGAAACGCCGCCGCUCGACAUGUUCCUAUUUGCCGCACUCAUCUCCGCCGUCGAUCCAGUGGCCGUCUUGGCAGUCUUCGAGGAAAUCCACGUCAACGAAAUUCUGUACAUAGUCGUUUUUGGCGAAUCUUUACUGAACGAUGCCGUCACCGUCGUACUUUACCACAUGUUCGAGGCGUACACCGAGAUGAAAGAUACGGGCAUCGUCACCAUGGACGUGGUGGCAGGUUGUACAAACUUCUUUGUGGUGGCUGUUGGUGGUACUGUGAUAGGAAUAUUUUGGGGUAUGGCGACUGGUUUUGUAACUAGAUUUACGAAUGAAGUGCGUGUUAUCGAACCUAUUUUUAUAUUCGUGAUGGCCUAUAUGGCAUAUUUAUGUGCCGAAAUUUUUCAUAUGUCGGGUAUUUUGGCGAUUACGUUCUGUGGUAUUACUAUGAAAAAUUAUGUGGAAGGAAACAUCUCCCACAAGUCUCACACUACUAUAAAAUACACCAUGAAAAUGUUAAGCAGUUCUUCCGAAACAAUUAUCUUCAUGUUCCUCGGUGUGGCUACUGUUAAUAAGUUGCAUAUGUGGAACACAUGGUUUGUAGUGCUUACAAUUCUCUUCUGUUCGAUUUACAGAGCGAUAGGAGUUAUACUAUUGACCGCGGUCGCCAACAAAUUCAGACUUAAUCAAUUGAGUAAAGUUGAAAAGUUUGUUAUGUCCUACGGUGGCCUGAGAGGUGCUGUGGCAUUUGCCCUCGUCCUUCUUAUUGACGAGGAGAUCGUACCCUUACAGCCCAUGUUUAUGACAACCACCAUUGCCGUUGUGUACUUUACAGUAUUCUUUCAAGGAAUCACAAUUAAACCCCUCGUCAAAAUACUUAACGUAAAGACUGCCGAAAAAAGAAAGCCUACUAUGAAUGAAAGAAUACACGAAAAGUUGAUGGAUCAUUUAAUGGCUGGUGUGGAGGAUAUUUUGGGACAGCAUGGGAACUAUCAUGUCAGGGAUAGGUUUAAACGAUUUGACAACAAAUAUAUCCGCCCAUUCCUUUUGCGCAACUACCAAGGAGCAGAACCAAAAAUUUUAGAAACCUAUUCCAAGUUAGCGAUGCGCGACGCCAUGGAGUUUAUGCGACGUAACGCUUCAACAAUCGGUAAUAUAUCUGGUACUGAAAGUAUGUCUGGUAUUUUCAAGAAUUAUACAGCAGGAAAUCUGGAUGGCAGGUGCGAAGAAAAAUUACUAACCUGCACGAGCUUUAGUCAAUUAGACUCGAGCAACUGGAAUGUAGAUAUGCAGGAAUUGGAAUAUAAUCCUUCCAAGAAGGAUUUAACGGAUGCAAAGAUUCAUCAUCUUCUGGCUGAAGAAUUAUGCCAACCAAAAAGGCAUCGGCGUCUUAGUUACAGCAGGCACGCUGUAAACGAUAGGGAUUUAUCUACCCAAGUCAAUUAUAAGAUGCAUUACAAUAUGAGAAGGAUGGUCGGUGAUAGUAAACGACAUCACCACAAACGACAUAGUAAAAAGUUGCAGAAGGACGGUAAACAAAACCACGUCAGCUUUCCAGAAUUUCAGCAAAAUGGUACUGCUAAACAAUUUUCACAUGAUUACAUUAGUCAAGUAUUAAGCGAAGAAGAAGUGCCUGAUCCAAAAGCAAACAAGGAGGAGUGGGACAGUCCGAUUACAUUUACGGCAAAAUCGUCACCGAGCGAUGAAGCUCAUAUGAGUACGGGAACGGAAGGAAGCGGAAGUGUACAUUUUGGUUUGUUGCUCGGGAUAAAGAGAUACAAGUCAACUGCGGCUGAAAAUUACAUGCCUUGGCGACAAGACAAAACGAAAUGUAACGUUACAGAUGAUAGUAUAUACUCAGAUGGAAUGAAACGUACGUCGAGAGGAUCUAUUGAUGAAUCCACGAGGGUCACAACUCCGACUGCCACCGAAACCAUGCUGCCCUGGAAAAGGGACGAUGAAGAUGAGUGUUCGGCACCAUUACAACAGUGCGAGUUUCCUGCCUGGGCGUCUAACAAAGAGUACUUGGCUUACAACUCACCUUCCGCCACAUUCCUUGGGGGAUUAGAAAAUAACCGAUCAUCAGUGAUCGGGUUAUUUAGACGAGAUAGCGCCGCAUCUGGUCACAUAAGCAGCUGCGAAUCGUCGCCUCAGAAGGAGAGGCGGGGUUCUUCCGGUCCAAACGCUAUCAUACUAAUAGAGGAAGAUGUUGCGGAUCCUCUAGGCGUACUUACGCGACAAUUGACGGCACCGACGACGUCUCACCCGCCGCUAACUCCAAAUCUGAGAAGACAGAUCCGUAGAGGUUCAAUGUUAGAAAUAUCUGGAAUAACACGUAACUCAAUACCGGAGGAGACAUUAAACAGACGUGCCUCGUGGCUACCACCACCUCCCAAAUCAUCACGAACACCACGGGUUAAAAUAAAACGUCAGAGGACGGUCUCAUCGAGCACAACUUUAAUGUCAUCAUCUUCCUCUUCAGAAAGUUCAAUUGAGGAAGAAGACGCGGACAUACAAAGUUUAAUGAAAGCAGGAUUUUAAUUAUUUUGAUUAAUUUAUUUGCAAUAGUCGCAUUUAACAAUGUGAAUAAAAAGUAAAGGACGUUCACGCUUCCGUACAUUUUGUAAUGAAAGUCUUAAGGUGCGUUUACACUUACUUUUUAUUCGCGCUGUAUCACACCAAAUAGCUUCAGAAAUUCUACAUUUUCAAGGUGUGUAAUAUUUAUCACGUAUGUUUAAAUUAGAAGCAACUCUGAGAAUGCACGCCUCAGUAAUUUCUGAUUCGAAACUUAAUAGUAUUGUGUUUUUAGUAUUUUUAAUAUUAGUUCUAGUUACGUAGUAAACAAAUUUGUAGAUUUCUAAAACUGUAAGUUAACUUAUCAUUUUUUAUACCAUUCUAAUGUAGGAUAAUAAUUUCAAAAUUUCUCAGUUCAGCAUUACGUCCAGUCUGUUUCAGUCAGUACUUACGGUAAUUUGUUCUAAAUAAUAUGCAUACUUAAUAUAGUCAGGUCAGAUCUGAAAAAAUAAUAAUGUAGAUAAGUACUUAAAUAAUGUAGUGGAUUAGCUCAAUUUUUUAGAUUUACUUAUUACUAAUUAAGCGAGAUCAUACUAUAGCCCAUAGAAAAUGAUGAACUGUGCCUCAUAUACGAGUAGACCAUUGCAGCAUUUUUUAGGUAAUUUUUUUUGUUUUACUUACAACGUAUAUGUGCCAUUCUCACUUGCCCGUUAGAAAAUGUUAAUUUUUUAAUUGUUGAUAAGGAACUAUUUACUUUUAGUUAAUUUUGCAUUCAGUUGAUACGAAAUGUGUACAAAUUGUAAAAAUGUUUUCUGCUUUUAAGUUUUGGGGCAAAUCAAAUGUCGCUUGUUAUAUCAUUUUACAUUUCCAAAAUUGUAAAUAUUUACAGGUAAGGGACCUGUUAUGAACCUUGUAGAGAAUAUUUUUGCAGCCUGACAAUACCUUACGUAUUUAAGCUCUGUGAUUGUACAUGUGAAGUUGGACUGAAUGGUAACUUGUUAAAUCUUAAACUUUAAUAAAGAAAUUGUUUUACUUAA